GCUCUUCGAUACCAAUUCUGUCGUUAAUCCGUUACUUGCUCGCGGAAACUAUGUCUUGCUAGAUGACCCAUCCUGGUUUAGAGCCGGGAUUGAAUGGGUCUUGCGCCGACCGGCAUUCGGUACGAGUGGGAUCUCGGCACACAAAGGCGCAGGGCAUCCAACUUACGAAUCUGAAGGUUCGAAUCUCAAAGUCAAACAUCGAGACAAAACCGCUUGAUUAAAGUGCUGACGACUCAAUCGAUCCUUUCGACAGAUCUUCUGUACAUCAAAUUUGUAACUCAAAUCAAUCACAACCUACAACAUGAGUACAGACGCACAAAAGAGGGUCAGUCUGACCUUCCUCUCAACCGGCUCAGUCCGCAUCAAACUCCCCAUGAAAAGCCAGCCCGUGAAAUCCUACCUCGACCAAUUCGUCACCCUCCGCCGCUUCCGCUGCAUCGCAAACCGCCAAUGGACAGAACCCCUCCCUAUCGGCGUCUUCCUCAUCGCCCACCCAGACGGGCCGAUCCUCUUCGACACGGGCGAGUCACCCUGCUUCAACGACCCAGGCUACCUCCCCUACCUGUCCCCAACGAAGAUGUUCAGCAGCGUGGACAUCAAGCCGGAAGACGGUAUCGUCAAGCAGUUGCAGCGGCUUGGUGUAGAGCCGAGUGAUUUGCAGGCCAUCGUGCUGUCACAUCUCCACGGCGAUCAUGCGGGCGGGUUGAAGGCCCUGAAGGAGGCCGCACCGGAUGUUCCUGUGUUUGUGAGCAAGGAGCAUUGGGCUGCGUUUGGGAAUAGUCCCAUGACCGCGACGCUCGCGGGAUGUGUACCGCAGCACUGGCCGAAAGGUUUCCAACCAACACUCGUGGACUUUUCGGCCGGUGCGGUGGGGCCGUGGGAGACGACUGGUCGGAUCACAGCUGAUGGGAAGGUUGUGGCGGUGCAUACACCCGGCCAUGUCCCCGGUCACAUUUCGCUUGUUGUGUAUGGCAAUAACGAAGACGGGACCACUUCGACCUAUUGCUUGCUUGGAGACGCGAGCUACGGCAUAGAUCUGCUGGAUAAGGAAGAACCGGAUGGAAUCAACGACGAUCCCAUGUCGGCAUUAGACAGCUUGCGGAAGAUCAAGGCGUUUGCGAAACAGAGUGAUGUGGUUGUUCUUCCAAGUCAUGAUCCCGAUACCCCGCGCUUGCUGAAAGAGCGCGUUCUGUACAAGCCGCAGGACAUCUGAGGGUCUGAAAGUAUGGAUGGGCAAAUAGUUACUAUCUUUAAUCGAAGGAUGUUUUAAUAUAGGCUCACUGCAGCAAGAGUCAUAGGCAAUGGGUGAGUCUAGUCAUU